GGUGUGGAUGCAGGGGCUGCUGGUCAGCUGUCGUUCUCCCUCAGGAUCUCACACUGUUGAUUCAACAGCGGAGCCACUGAGAGGUUGAUAUCGUGGUCAUCACUAUGACUGAUGGGGAUUAUGACUACCUGAUAAAACUCCUUGCCCUGGGGGACUCCGGCGUGGGGAAGACCACCUUCCUGUACCGAUACACAGACAACAAGUUCAACCCCAAGUUCAUCACCACAGUCGGCAUCGACUUCAGGGAAAAGAGAGUGGUGUACACGGCGUCCAACCCCAAUGGGACGACCACAGGGAAGACCUUCAAGGUCCACCUCCAGCUCUGGGACACGGCCGGACAGGAGAGGUUCCGCAGCCUGACGACGGCGUUCUUCAGAGACGCCAUGGGCUUCCUGCUGAUGUUCGAUCUCACCAGCCAGCAGAGUUUCCUCAACGUCCGGAACUGGAUGAGUCAGUUACAGGCCAACGCCUACUGUGAGAACCCAGAUAUCGUGCUGGUGGGGAACAAGGCCGACCUGGCCGACCAGCGGGAGGUUCAGGAGAAACAGGCCAAAGAGCUGGCCGACAAAUACGGGAUCCCGUACUUUGAGACGAGCGCGGCCACGGGGGCGGAGGUGGACAAGGCGGUGAUCACGCUGCUGGACCUGGUGAUGAAGAGGAUGGAGCAGUGCGUGGACAAGCCGCCGGUCGAGCCCGCCAACGGCAACGGGGCCACGAAGCUCAGCGAAGCCCCGCCCAACGAGAAGAAGUGUGCGUGUUAGGUCAAGAGGUCAAGU